AUGGCUUGUCCCGCCCCUCCACCCCCAGUUAACCUGGAUCCUAGGAACCAAGACCCAGUCGCCCAAACCUUAGGGAUGGAGAAGACACCGGACAGAGACAGUGGCAGGAUGGAAGCCGAGGGGUCCCUGAACUCCGAGGAACUGCCGCCGCAUCCCCAGUCCCCGCCACCACCGCCGUCCCCAAGGUCUCCCACGUCCCCGGUGACCCCGGAGCUCCCGCAGCCCAAUGCACCGACUGAGGUUGAAGCCAGGCAACUGCUGGUAGAAGAAUGGGGACCCCUGAGCGGGAAGCUGGAGCUGCCCCCGAGCAUCAGCUGGCAGCUGCUGUUCCUGGAGCGGCCGCUCUACCGCAACCUGCUCAGUUCACCCAACCCGGAAGGCAUUAAUAUCUACCAGCCGGCGCCCCCCACGGGUCCCACCCGGAAGCCCCUGAAGGAGCUGGGUAAUUUCCGUGGAUGGUACAUUACUACUCAGAACCUCCAGGGGCCCCUCAGCUGGACCGUGAAGGAGCAGUGCGUGAACCUGCUGGCCAAGAAGCUGUGGGAGGAGCUGUUGGAUGAUGAACAGCCUGACAUCACCAUCAUGGACUGGUUCGAGGACAGCCGCCUAGACCAGUGUGUUUAUGAGCUGCAUGUCUGGCUAUUAGCAGCUGACCGCCGCACGGUCAUUGCCCAGCACCACGUGGCCCCUCGGACCAAUGGGAGAGGACCCCCUGGCCGCUGGAUUCAGGUGUCCCACGUCUUCCGCCAGUACGGCCCCGGAGUGCGCUUUGUCCACUUCCAGCACAAGGCUAAGAACCGCAUGGAGCCUGGGGGACUGCGGAGGACAAGAGUGACCGACUCCUCCGUGUCUGUGCAGCUCCGGGAGUGACUUCUGACCGGGCUCUCUCUGAGUCUGAUGUGAUCGAUCCUUUGAAAGUCACCUCCAAGCCCUUGGCAUUUUUAUGAUGCUCCCUGGCUUCUGCCUUUUGUGUGUGUGCUGAGCAACAGUCUGACCCCUCCUCACCCCCAACCCAUCCUUAUUCCAUGGACCCCUUCUCACCUCCUUGAUGCUUCCUUGCCUUCUAUCUGGCCCCUCUUUACCUCCUUGAGCCUCCCCCACUCCUCUGACCUCUCCUCCCCUCCCGCCAUCCCCUUCACCCCUGGCCUGACCUCGCUCACUUCCCUGCCCCCAGCCAGCUCCUUCCUAUUUCUCCCUGCCCAGGUCUCUCAGAUCCUGCUUGGU